AUUGCAGAGCCCACAGAUGGAUUUGUGGAUGCUAUCACAUACUGGAAGGCAUCUCAGACCAGGUUUCCAACCAUCUAUGCCAUUGCAAUGGAUAUUCUGCCUAUCCAAGCCUCUGCUGUGCCUUGUGAACAUGUCUUCUCAUCCGGAAAGAUAACAGUCACAGACCGGCGCAACAAAAUCGGUGGAGAACUCAUGGAAGCACUGCAAAUUCUCAAGUUCAGGUUCAAGCAAGGCCAUUCUCUGUCUUUCACACAUGGUUUGGACAUUGGAGAGGAGCUCAAGGACUUGGAGAGCCGUGCAGAAGAGUCUCCAGAGGAGAUCAGUUCAUAUUUAGCAUCACUCAAGUAG